UAAGAUAUGCCAGUCGUGUUGAUCAGUAUCAUAUUUGGUUGGCUAUAUAGUUUGUGUUUUUGUUUUCUUUGCGUUUGGUGUCGUUUUUGUCAAUGAAGAAUAUACCUCAAAAACUUUUUUUUCGGCAAAUGAUAACAUGUUAAUUUUGUGUGUCACAUGCAAUACACCAAAAUAAUGCAGGAUGUGAUCGCAAAUAUAAAUGAUGUUGAAUGUAUUACGAUCGUGUACGUGCAACAAAUGAAAAUACAACGAAUUGAUUGAACGAAUUAAUAAAAAAAAAUAUAAACAAUGAAAAAACAUUCAAGCUGACAAAGUCAAUUGAUUGAGAACUAUUUGUAUAUAUAUAUAUAUAUAUAUCGGUAAAUAUAAUCGAUAACAGUGAGUGCUAAAAUAAGUGUACGGCGUGAGUAAAGUAUAUUAAUGGAUCCGAUUAAGAUAAUCGUUACAAAUUCGGAUACAACGUCCAUAACAUCCGCAAACUCUUAUUAUCAAUUAGCUGUAAAUGAAAGUGCCAACGAUCGUCGCCGCAAUGAAACGAAUUCAUUUGAAGAUAUCACUGCACAUAAUGUACAAAAUAAUAAUGUAUCGAAAUUAAAAUCAAGCAAUCGCUGGCAUCUACCACCACUUAUGUUGAGUACCAGCGAACAAAAUACGUGUAAAAUACAAAAAACUACGUUUAACAAUCAAGACGAAGAGGAUUAUGAUAGGAAAAAAACAUUGCUCAGUCCAUUGUUGGGAAAAUCAUUUGUUCAAUCACAAUCAACAACAUCUUUAAGUUCUGCGAAAAAAGUAAAAAUCAUGCCAUCAGCAUCGUCAUCCAGAAUUUCAACCACGGUGACAGGUAAUCAAGUGGAGACCAAAGAUGGCUUCUUGACACCGACAACGGCAGCCCAUUUAACAACUUCAUAUACAUCGCCACAACCUUUACAUACAUUGCUCUCAUUACCACGUACCAAUUCAUUCGUUUUUGGCGGAUCUGAUUGCAAUGGUAAAUUAUAUUCGGAUGCAACAUCAAUUCGAUCAUUAGCAUCGAUCGGUAUGGGUUCGACAGAUGGUCGAAAAAUGAUUAUUCGUCGUGUUCCAAACACACCCGCUGAAUUACUGAGUAUUGUGAGUCCACCUGCUGUGCCUGAAUUUGAUGAUCGAGAUGAUGAUAUAGCGGACGAUGAAUCGGAUAUUGGUCACUUGAAACCGAAACGACAACAAUGGUCAAGUAAAAUGCAAUUUGUUUUGGCAUGUGUUGGUUAUUCAAUUGGUUUGGGAAACGUUUGGAGGUUUCCUUAUCUUUGCUACAAAAGUGGAGGAGGUGUAUUUUUGGUACCAUACUUCAUAAUACUGUUUGUAUGUGGUGUACCGAUGUUAUUCAUGGAGUUGGCUGUUGGUCAAUAUACUGGUCGCGGUCCAAUAGGUGCGAUAGGCCAACUAUGUCCACUGUUCAAAGGAGUUGGAAUGGCUAGUGUUGUGGUUUCAUUUAUAAUGUCCACAUAUUAUAGUGUGAUAAUAGCCUAUGCUAUCUACUACUUUUUUUCUGCAUUCAGACCAGAAUCGCCAUGGUUAGACUGUAAACAAAGAUGGGCAACACCGGAUUGUUGGAUACCAGCACGUUUACAAUCGAAUAUGACACGAUCGAUUAACUCGCGAACGCCAUCUGAAGAAUUUUUUGAAAAUAAAGUACUUCAAAUGAGCAGUGGUUUAGAGUAUCCGGGUGCAAUGCGUUGGGAUUUGGUGGCUUGUUUGAUGUGUGCAUGGAUAUUGGUAUACUUUGCAAUAUGGAAAUCAAUUAAAUCAUCGGCUAAAGUGCGAUAUUUUACGGCAACGCUACCAUUCAUAUUGAUUAUAAUAUUUCUUGGACGUGCUGUUACACUGGAUGGUGCACAGUUUGGAUUGCGUUACUUUUUUCGUCCGAAUUGGUCACACCUAGCAAAUGCAAAUGUAUGGAUCAAUGCCGCCGCUCAAAACUUUAAUUCACUUGGAAUUGCAUUCGGAUCAAUGAUUUCGUUUGCCAGUUAUAAUAAAUACAACAAUAAUUUCUUGCAUGAUACGCUGGCCGUAUCAUUUGUUAAUGGAAUAACGAGUCUUUUGGUGGGCAUAUUUGCAUUUGCCACCAUCGGAAAUAUUGCAUACGAGCAAGGAACCGACGUUCAAAAUGUCAUCAGCGAUGGACCCGGAUUGAUAUUUGUUGUAUAUCCGCAGGCGAUGUCAAAAAUGCCAUUUGGUCAAAUGUGGGCUGUUCUAUUCUUUUUCAUGUUACUUUGUCUCGGAUUAAAUAGUCAGUUUGCCAUUGUUGAAGUGGUCGUCACCUCAAUUCAAGAUGGUUUUCCCAAAUGGAUCAAAUCAAAAUUAGUUUAUCAUGAGCUGCUCGUAUUGAUCGUGGUGAUUGUGUCAUUCUUUUUCGGAUUACCAAAUUUAAUACAGGGCGGCAUUUAUUAUUUCCAACUUAUUGAUCAUUACGCUGCUUCGGUGUCAAUAAUGUUUUUGGCUUUUUUUCAAAUGAUAGCAAUUGCCUGGUUUUACGGUGUAUCUCGAUUGUCGCGUAACAUAAAACAAAUGACUGGCAAAGUACCAUCACUAUAUUUCCGUUCAUGUUGGCUCAUCGUUGGACCACUACUAUUAUUUACACUAUGGUUGUUUAGUUUGUUCAAUUAUGAACCACCGACAUACGAUAAUGGUGAUUAUAAAUAUCCUGCAUGGGCGCAUUGGAUUGGAUGGAGUUUUACGGCCGCUUCGCUUGGUUGUAUUCCAAUAUUUGGUGUGAUCGCUAUAAUUCGAGGCAAUGGAAACACAUUAUUUAAAAAAAUACGAAGCGCUUUACAACCAAAUAUAUAUGAAUGUAAAUUUUGCGGUGAACAUCAUUGUGAGCAUGAUUCACCUGAUAUGCAAAGUGUUCAAGAAAUGCUUACAAUGAUUCCGCCGCAUUCGCAACCAACUAUCAUAUUGCAAGCACCACCGUCGGAUCGAAAAACAGCUUAUCCAGAGAAAUAUAAAGCCGAAAGUUAAAAGGACACAAUUACAUAUCAUUCGAUUGUUCAAAGCAUUGUAGUUCUAUUGAAUUAAAUGAAAACUUGUUGUUA